AAAUAUUCAUGGUGUCCACAGUAACUUGGAGGUACCUUCCUUGGUCCAUUGCAACAAUCGUUUUUUUCUUUGUACUCCUUUCGCUUCGUGUAUUUACUCCACCAAGGUCCAGAUAUUUACAACCUCCAUUUAAAGCGAUGACAGACCAGGAGAAAACUGAGACAUGUGACUGUAGAAACAUAAUCAAGGAAAGAGAGAAUACAACAAAGGAGAGAAAUGAUGCAACCAAGGUACGUGAAGAUACUAAGGCAGAUGUAAAGACAACUGAAUCAACUUGGCUCAGGGAAUCUUUUGGAAAGGAACUUCACGAAAUCCACUCCCAACUAAAAUACCUCUUAGAUCAUAAAAGUAUACCCUCACCGGAUUUUGUUAACAAGGUUGGAGACCUUGCCAAACGCCUUGACGGCAAAUCAGAACCACCAACUCCAAAUAAUGGCAUGAAAAAUAACAGUUUGAAUGUGUGUCCGGAAGAAUACAAAGGCAGCAAAUUUGGUUACCCAUUUUAUUCUACAGGUUGGGUCCUUACUAACUGUAUCAAUGUCAAACCACUUAGCUCCGUCAUAAGUGUUUUAAUAAACACUGUCGCAUAUCCAAAAGAAGAUGAGAAACACAUUCGUAAUGUAAUAAAGGGUAUCAAUGAUACCUAUCCAAUAGUUCAAGUUUACGUAGCAACGCGCAGUGACGAUAUCAUAGAAAUGGCCAAAGAGUACGAAAACAUUGACGUGGUUAAAGUCGAUGAUACAAAUGCAGCAAAAGUGUGGAACAUGCUUAAAGCUAAAGCCUCCACACCUUAUGUGCUGGUCGCACGUGAUGUGGUUCACUUCUCAUGGUUCACUCAAAUAGAAAGACAAAUUCGUGUGGUCAGUCAGAUACCAAAUGUAAAAGUUGCCGGGGGAGCAUUUCGGAAUAUUUCUGGUCACUGGAAAGCAGGAUGUGUGCAAACCAAACUACUAAACUACGUGCUAGAAUAUCAAGAAGGCUACUUUCACUCACAAAAUGCAUGCAUGUUUUGUGAUUUUCUGCAAGGACCUUUUCUGACUAAAACAGACUUGUUUAAGCUGGACGAAAGUCUUCCAAACGAAGUAGUAUUUGAAGACUGGUUCUUGCGCAUUAGAAAGGAUGGCCACCAAGUGAUGACAUGCCCUGACGCUAUGUAUUUCACUUUGGAUUACUUUUCGUAUACCAAGAGCACUAAAAAAGAUGUCUGGACACCUUUGGCAAAAAAGUGGGGGAUUAAUCGCGUACUUUUGCCCCAGGGGAUCAAAUUUUCAUUCUCUUGUGACGAUAUUGGCGUCUCGUGCAAGGCAACUCACGAAUUACUCCCAAUUUGUUGCCUGGAAGAGUACGCACAUCUCUUGACAGUCCUUCAGAAGUUCUGUGAUGAAAGAAAUAUUUCAUUUGAACUCGAUUCUGGUUCUAUUCUUGGUGGUGUUAAGUUCGAUGGUCUUUUACCGUAUGAUGCCGACGGAGAUCUCAUCAUGAUGUCAACACAAAUAGAAAUAUUUAGCAAAGAUGAGACAAAACAAUAUUUUCGGAAUAAAGGUAUCUCCGUCUACGGGUAUAAACCGCCAAUAUUUAACGAGAAAAUGGGAAAAUUAGUUAAUGGUUUCACGUACAUGGGUUUCCGUGGCUUUUACAUCGAAGUUUGGGGGAUGUGGAACACGACAAAUUGGCUGCAUCUUCCACCAGAGCUACGAAACUUUGCAUCGUUCACCAAAGCGAAUAUAAGAGGUAACUGGAUUAACACGGCAUGCAAUCCUGCUUUGUAUGUGAGGGGUCGUUAUGGAAGAGAAAUUUUGAAACAUGCUCAGUCCUGGAUAAAACAAGGACUGGGAAGUGGUUGGGGGGAAUACAAAGCUGGCACCUUCAAGCCGUGUAAUAAACCAAAGCAUCAUUCAUGCUUAGAUAAUUUGCCAGCCGAUGGUAAUAUUCCGUUCUUUGUGGAUUAAUUGAGCUUGCCUCAUGAAACUUGUUAUCACAGAUGCGAGAAUCAAAACAUCUGCCCGUGAGCUUUGGCUGUGUGUUGAGGCCAAUGAAGAAGGAAACGUAAA